AUGGGCUCCAUCAGCGUUUCCGCGACAGAAUUCCCUCUCAAUACUGGAGCUUCAAUCCCAGCCCUUGGUUUAGGAACUUGGCAAUCUGCUCCCGGAGAAGUCAAGACAGCAGUCUCGUACGCCCUCAAAACCGGCUACAAGCACAUCGACUGUGCGUACUGCUAUGGCAAUGAAGACGAAGUUGGUGAAGGUCUCCGAGAGGCCUUUGCUACAGGUGUAAAGAGAGAGGACGUGUUCAUCACUACCAAGUUGUGGUGCACAUAUCAUUCGCGCGUCGAGGAGAAUCUGGAUAUCAGUCUUAAAGACUUGGGUCUCGAUUAUGUGGACUUGUAUCUAAUGCACUGGCCUUGUCCAAUGAACCCAAAUGGUAACGACCCCAAGUUUCCCAAACAUCCCGACGGGUCUCGCGAUCUUGAUACGUCCUGGACCCAUAUCCAAACAUGGCUCGAGAUGGAGAAAUUGGUGAAGACCGGCAAGGUAAAGGCCAUCGGAGUAGCGAACUACAGCGUCAAAUAUCUCGAGGAAUUACUGCCUCACGCCACGAUUAUCCCUGCCGUCAACCAGAUCGAAAACCACCCGUCCUUGCCACAGCAGGAUAUUGUGGAUUUCUGCAAAGCUAAAGGCAUUCAUAUCACGGCAUAUAGCCCGUUAGGAAGCACAGGAGGUCCGUUGAUGGAAGCUGCAGCUGUCAGGGAAGUUGCGAAUAAACGUAAAGCUUCACCUGCUGGUGUUCUGUUGAGUUACCACCAGCCACGAGUGGAGGCUAACAGUCCUCAAGUUGCGAGAGGCAGCUCCGUGCUUGCUAAAUCGGUCAAUCCGGAAAGAAUCAAGGUGAAUGCCGAAUCUUUGAUUCAUCUUGAUAAUAGUGAUAUGGAUACUUUGAAUCAGUAUUCGGCACAGCUGCAGAAGGAGGGCAAGCUGACGAGAUAUGUGUAUCCGUCAUUUGGCGUCGAUUUUGGGUUCCCAGACAAGUCAUAA